CAAAAAAACAGAAGAUUGGAUCUCUGACCAGAAUGACUGUUGGAGAAAAAAGUUCAUACAGGCCAAAUAAAACCAUCUUACUUAUUGGAGAAACAGGAGCAGGAAAAUCUUCUCUGAUCAACGCUCUGGUCAACUACACCAUGGGAGUGAAGUGGGAGGAUGAAGUCUGGUUUAACAUUGUAGAGGAGACUUGGAGAUAUCAGACAGAAAGUCAGACAUCAGAUGUGAUCAUGUACGAGAUCUUUGGCUUUGAAGAUAAAACUCUGCCCUACUCUCUGACCAUCAUCAAUAUUCCUGGAUAUGGAGACACCAGAGGGACUGAACAUGAUGACAUCAUCAGUCAGAGAUUAUUAGACUUGUUUCGAUCAGAGGAUGGAGUUCGUGAAAUUAGUGCAGUGGGUUUGGUGAUGAAGGCGACUGAUUGUCGACUGAGUGACCAACUGCUGUAUAUCUUAGAUUCAGUGAUGUCUCUGUUUGGAAAGGACAUGGAGAAAAACAUCCUAGCUCUGAUGACACACUCAAAUGGAAGAACACCUAAAAACUCUCUUCAAGUUCUAGAAGAUGCAAACAUUAAAUGUGCCAAAAAUGAGAAGAAUCACCCUGUUCACUUCCUGUUUGAUAACCAACAGCAUGAAGAUCGAACAGAAGAAAGUGAGUAUUUAAAACAUUCAUGGGAACUUACACAGAAAAACAUUAAUCAGUUGUCAGACUUCAUGAGAAAUUGUAGUUCUAAAAACUUGAAGAACACAGUCGAAGUGUUAAAUGAAAGAAUCGGACUGAAAGCCUGCAUCAAAAACCUGCAAGAGAGAAUCAAGUAUAUUCAGCUGAAACAGACAGAAAUCAGACAGAUGCAAGAAGCUCUGAAGAAACAAACAAAUUACAGAAAUAAAACUGAAAGUGAGAAAAUUUUGAGUCUUUUGGAAAAUCUUGAAAAGGAAAUGAAACAGCUGACAGCAGAGAAUUCCCAGUUCCUGGACGAGUCCUACCAACAUGUUGUCAGACUGGAGCAGAUCGCUCUGAAAGCUGAUUCAGCAUCCACUAUUGUCCACUUGGACUUCCUGAUUGAGAAGAUGAAGGAGAAAGGAGACACAGAUAAGGUCCAGAAACUGGAGGAGAUGCGAAGGAGAGUGGAUGAAAAAAACAGAGCAGCAUAUUGGUACAAGCAUGUACUGUACAAGUAUAAGUACUGUACAGUACAAGCUCAAACAUCAUGAGCUAUCAAAAACAUUGGGAGAUCCUCGGCCUGGUAUAAGUGAAACAUGUAUAGAAGCAUCAGGCAGCUGUGUAGAUGGCUUUUUUACCGAUACAGCUCUAUGCUACAUGUUCAGAUGUACACCAUGUUUUUUUGUUUAGCUGACAGAUGGCUUAUUACUAUUUAAAAAAACCUAUUAGAAAUUAAUUACUUAUUGAUUAUUGAUCAGCACUGACAUCUCUACUUAGAGAGCAGGUAGUUUGUUUAGCAGUUUUUUGGUCUUAAGGAGAAGUUACUGUGGCUCAGUGUUUGUUUUAUGCAUCUGACAUCAAAUCUGUACCAAAUACAACAU